UGGUCCAAUUUCAAUCUAGUCCACAGUUUAAUAGAGUCGGUCUCCAUACGCCUUGUAAUAUCAGAGAUACAGAAUUAAAGCCUGAAAAUAUUAUUUUUCUCGAUAUUCAUAACUUUUUUUUCCAUUUGGGAUUACGAAGGCCAUGAAUUUCGAAUUGGAGCGAGAGAUAGGUUUUAUUAACAGCCAGCCUUCGCUCGCCGAAUGCCUGACGUCCUUCCCUGCUGUCGCUGAUACAUUUCAAAGUUCAUCAAUCAAGAACUCGACGCUUUCACACUCGACACUAAUUCCUCCUCCUUUUGAGCAGACUAUCCCGAGCUUGAAUCCCAGCAGCAACCAGCCGCGGCCAAGUCGCGAACAGCGGCCUCCAAAUGGCCUAUUCCCAUCUGCUGCCGCGGCCGAGUUCCCGUGGAUGAAAGAGAAAAAGUCGAAAAAAAACGAGACACCUCUGUCAUUGUCAGCUCCGGUCCCUGGGUCCUCUCAGACGGCGGAGUCUCCGACAGGCCAGUGUGAACAGGAAAUCAGCAACAGCUCCCGGAGACUCAGGACAGCGUACACGAACACGCAACUCUUGGAACUAGAGAAAGAAUUUCACUUCAACAAAUAUUUGUGCAGGCCACGCAGAGUGGAGAUCGCGGCCCUUCUCGACCUGACCGAGAGGCAAGUUAAAGUGUGGUUUCAGAACCGACGCAUGAAGCACAAGAGGCAAGCGCAGUACAAAGAAAAUCAAGAGGGGGAAGUUAGUUUUUCUAUCAGUUCGCUUCCAGAGGACAAAGGCGAGGAGUCGUCGCUGUUCAGCCAAACCGUGGAAGCAUCAGGAACCUAUUUAGACAGUAAAAACUGCGCCGAACAAGCAAGAAAGCAAAUUCAACACACACUUAACAAAGAACUCCAAAACCUGCAGGAUCUGGCUGUAUGCGGUAGCGACGGAAAAGCUAAGAGUCCGUUCUAUCUGACAGCCAGUGCUGAAAACGGGUUUACAAUAGGCCAGACUUGUACCUCGGGUUUGGACACUCUUAGUACAGAGGCCCUCGAAUUGGUCUCCCUAGCAGAUUUAAACAUGUUUUCUUCGGAUUCCUAUCUGCCGUUCUCCGAUGGAUUAUCUCCCAGCUUGCAGGGUUCCAUCGACAGUCCUGUGGAUAUCCCCGAGGACAGUUUUGAUUUUUUCACCAGCGCUCUGUGCACAAUAGACUUGCAACACCUUAAUAAUCAGUAGCAAUUCGCAAGCUUUAGGGCCCGUGUAGAAAUGCAGCCUUGUUUAAUAAUAUGUUCAGUAUUUCCUAUUUAAAUUACAAUAAUAUGGAAUAUUAAAGAAAAAUAUAGAAUUGAUCUCACAGUAAAUAAUUUAUCCGUCAGCCUUGACCCGGAGUCUACAAGAAUUGCAGUCUUUAUUGAACAGGUAUUUAAACAGAUACAGUUUUAUUCAGUUUCAGUUUCCUAAAUUAUGUUAAAACCGUGAAAAAAUUGUAGAUUCCCCUUAUUCACUAACUCAGGAAAACAUAUACGGGGAUUGUAUUUAUAGCAAAACUGUUUUACCUUACGGGUCCCAAAAAAACUGUGAUGAUUUACUUUAUGUUUUAGCGGUAGCCUAUUUAUUAUAAGUGAAUUUUAAAUUAUUUAUUGUACAUUAUUUUCAUAGUUUAAAUAAAACGACUUAAUUCUUUAA